GUGAGCAUGUGUGUGUGUGUGUGUGUGCGUGCGUGUAUGUGUGCGCGCGUGUGUGUGUCUGCUCUGCUGUUGCUGCCCUUUGAUCCCUGCAUUAGUGUUAGUUAGGGGCUCGGAGACACACUUGCACCGAGAGCAGCCAUAGUCAAGACACGGCAACAACAACAGCGGCACCUCCUCCGCCUGUGUUCCCAUUCCCCAACAAUACACUUUAAACCGAGCAAAGCCAGGUGCACGACCAAGUCCCUGCCAUCACUGGCGCCUCCAGUCUCAAUGGGAAAAACCUUUUUUCUUCUUAUCCCCAAACAAGGACGAGAAUGUGAUUAAAAACGGGGGAAAAUGCCAAGGAGGAAGCAGGAGCAACCCAAGCGCCUGCCUUCACAUGUGGACAGCAACGAGGAAGGAGGGCCAGAUGACGGUCCUGUGGAGGAAGAAGGCUGGUUUGGGAAUGCUUCUGACACACGCUCAGAGUCGUCGUCCUACGGAGACACCCAGGAUGAGCUUCUCUUGGCCAGGGGCUCCUCUCCUGAUGAACGGCCUGGAGUCAGCACUGGGUCCGGGGACCACGAUACCUGUGGAGGUGAGAGCUCAUUGGGUUGCCCCACGCCCGUCCAUCGUGCCUCUUUGGAACUUCUUGGACUGGAUGGAGGUGCAUUCUCGACCCAGGACACACUCUCCUCUGUGGUAUCGUCACUGUAUGGCGAGGCAGCAUCUCGUGCCCUGGGAAAACCCCUCAGCAGCAACCUACGGCGCCUCCUAGAGGCUGGGUCGCUGAAACUUGACACUGGGGAGCUUCUGGGUCGGUCAUCCAGGGGAGGUGCUGGGGGGGAGUCUCCUCCGAUAGGUCUAGCCCCACCGUUGACUCUCUCCCCGUCUUCCCACCACGCCCAGCAGUUAAGUGCUCUUGCCCGAAAACUGGCCAAUAACAACAACAGCGGCUCAGCCUCACCAGCCUCCUUGGCACCCUCAGUCACCAACAUUAAGCAAGAGCCCCUUGACCCCUUUAACUCUGUCACCCCUAGCAACGGCAGUGGCUUCGUAUGGGCAGGUGUUGCAGAUAAGUGGCCACCGGCCAGCUGCUCCACACCCUGCGGCUCCAGCUUGUCCCCAGACUCUGCAAUCCAGAAGUUAAAAGCAGCAGCGAAUGCCGUGCUCCAAGACAAGAAUGCCGUGGCCUCCUCCUCAACGACUCCUUCCUCCUCCUCCACUUCUGCCUCAUCUGCAGUGCCCGCCCUCGGAGGGGGUGGUCGGGGAGAAGACGUGGUGCGCUUUGAUGCCUUCAACUCUCCGUUCAGCCCACAGUCAGCUAGCUCCACCCUCGCUGCACUUUCCAAGAAAGUCAGCGAGCGGAGCCAAGCCUCGUCAACCGCCAGUGCUGCUACUGACCACCAGUCCUCGGCUAGUUCCUUUCUCUCACUUGUUUCAAUGACCUCCUCUGCUGCCUUGCUCAAAGAGGUGGCAGCCAGGGCAGCGGGAAACCUGCUGGCAGAGAAGAAGGAUGGUUCCUCCUUGGCGACUCCUGGGGUCCUCCAAGAGGAUGUGAAGCCCCUGCUGGACAAGAACCAGAAGGCUCCCACGCCCUCUACACCCACCCAGAGCCUAGACCUGCUGUUACCCUCUACUCCAAAGGGCAGAGGCAAACCCAACAGCCAAGCAGGCUCUCCUGAGGAUGGUGGCAAACCAUUCCAGUGUCCUGUGUGUGGACUGGUCAUCAAACGCAAGAGCUACUGGAAGAGACACAUGGUCAUCCACACAGGCUUGAAAAGCCACCAGUGUCCCUUGUGUCCCUUCCGCUGUGCUCGCAAAGACAAUCUUAAGUCCCACAUGAAGGUACAUCAGCACCAGGACCGGGGUGAGACCUUUCAGUGCGAACUUUGCCCCUUCACCUCCUCCCGUCACUUCAGCCUGAAGCUUCACAUGCGCUGCCACCAGCACUUCCCUCGCACAGACGUCAAGGUGAAAGAGGAGCUCACCACCGACACGGAGGGCGAGGGCUCCCUGAUGGGCGACAGCGGCUCCGCAGACCUGAGAGGCACCGACUUGUCCCCGCUGCACUCAGACACCCAGCAGCAGACGUCCCCUCCGGUCGAGGCUUCCUCCAAUCACGUCCACAUCAAGGAGGAACCACAGGAAAGAGAUCUGUCGGUGCUGUCCCCCUUUAGCAUGUGCAGGGACCGUCCCAGCAGCAGUGCCAACUCCCUGGACCUACCUGGAGUUGGGGUAGGAGUCGGGGUCAGAUCCAGUCCUAGCGGUCCAACAACAGCCUCCCUCUUCAGCCCUGACAUCACCACCAAGACGGCCACUGACCUGCUUAUGAAGCUUUCAGCAGCCAACCAGAGGGAGACGCUCAAGUCUCCGUUCCACCUGAAGGAAGAGCCCAAAGUGGAGGAAGCGCUGAGCCCGAGACCAUCCUCCCAGUCCCAGAGCCAGGUCCAGCCAAGCUUCCCUGCCACUUUCUGCCAGGAGGGGCCAGCGGGGGCGACAGCAGCCACAGAGCGUCCAGGGUCGCUGAAACCGAGGGAAGGGAGCCCCAUGGCAAAGAACAGCUUGCUGAGCCAGGAUAUCAACGUUAAGGUGGCCUCUGAGCUGCUGAUUAAGCUUUCAGAGAACAACAAAGAUCAGUACCAGAAGGUGAAGGUAAAGGCAGAGCCCAUGGAGGUGGACCCACCCCCUGCAGAACUCACCCCACCUGCCUCUCACCUGCUGGCCUUCAGCACUUUAGGGGCGAGUGAGAAGACUGAGCCAAUGAGUAACCUCCCCGAGACGUUGGCCCGCCCCCAGAAAGACCUCUUCUCCCAGGACAUAUCGGUCAAAAUGGCCUCCGAACUACUGUUCAAAUUGUCAGAAAAAGUCAGCAAAGCCAACAACCACAAAGACAGUAACAUGGUGGGAAUAAACAGUCCGUUCCUGGACGAGUGCUUCAGACAAUCACCCUUUAACUCGCGCUCCAAGAGCUCUUCCCCCGCAGAAGCCAGCUCCUCUACCAGGGCACCAUUCCACGACUCAGAAAAGGAUGACGGCGAGCCGGGAAACGGGAUCGCCCAGUGGAGACUAAAUGAACAGCUCUUCCCCUGUCCUGUCUGUGGCAAGGUGUUCGGUAGACAGCAGACCCUUUCCAGACAUCUGUCUCUGCACACAGAAGAGAGGAAGUACAAGUGUCACCUGUGUCCUUAUGCAGCCAAGUGCAGGGCUAACCUCAAUCAGCACCUGACCAUCCACUCUGUCAAGCUGGUCAACACAGACGCCGAGCAGAUCGUCAGCGCUGUUACAGCUGACUCUGCUGAGCGCAAGAACUGCCCCUACUACUACAGCUGCCAUGUGUGUGAUUUCCAGACGGAGCUGAAUGCCCAGUUUGUCAGCCACAUGUCGCUCCAUGUGGACAAGGAGCAGUGGAUGUUCUCGCUCUGCUGCAGCGUCUGUGACUAUGUCUGCAUGGAGGAGAACGACAUGAAGAACCACAUUAGUACUGGACAUGCAGGUCUGAACUCAAGGAGUCCCCUCAGUGAGACCAAGAGCACCUCCUCGUCACUCUCGGCCCUCAGCGACUCACUCAACAGCUCGGAGGGCGGAGACCUCACCCACGGUAACGAAGAACUCAGGGGCCUGCUUGCCCCGCCCUCCUCCGCAGGCAGCCAGUCCAGCUCUGGAAGCCACUCGGGAUCAGGAACUGAGGACAAGUCUGACAAAGGCUUCGAGUGUGUCUUCUGCAAUUUUGUGUGCAAGACGCGUAGCAUGUAUGAACGGCACCUCCAGAUCCACCUCAUCACGCGAAUGUUUGAGUGCGACGUCUGCCACAAGUUCCUUAAGACGCCUGAGCAGCUGCUGGAGCACAAGAAGUGCCACACCGUCCCCUCCGGAGGGCUCAAGUGCCCUUUCUGCAUCUACUCCACCAAUCGUCCAGCGGCCAUGGAGUGCCACCUUAAGACGCACUGUAAGAUGGAGUACCGCUGCCGCAUCUGCCAGGGACUGUGGCCCGACCAGGCCUCAUUGGAGGCCCACAUGCGCGGGCACCGCCUGGGCAACCACUACAAGUGUGAGCAGUGUGGCUACUUGUCCAAGACGGCCAAUAAGCUGAUCGAGCAUGUGCGUGUGCACACGGGCGAGCGGCCCUUCCACUGCGACCGCUGCUCUUAUAGCUGCAAGCGCAAGGACAACCUCAACCUGCACAAGAAGCUGAAGCACGCGCCACGCCAGACUUUCGGCUGCCAAGAGUGCCCUUUCACCACCACACACCCCUUUGUCUUCAGCCGCCACCUCAAGAAACACCAGAGUGGAGGAGCGGGGGGACUGGACGGAGGCUUAGGAGGAGAAGAGGUGGAGGAUGAUGAGGAGGCAGGAGAGGAGGAGCUGCCACUCCAGGGAACAUCGCCAGGGGGCUCGUCACUGCGGAAGAGACAGGAGAACUUCCUGUUCAGCCGAGGAGGAGGGAGCAGCGGAGGGAGUGGGAGUAACAGCCCACUCAUGAGUCUAACGGCGUCCCAGGCGCUCCAGUCCGUUGCCCUGUCACUCACACUGGGCAAGUCCCACCAGCUGGACGCCGGCAGCCCUCUGCACUGCGUGGUCAGCGCGAACGGCAACAACGCCACCAGAAACCCCGGCGGCCCGAGCAGCGGCAGCCCCUCCCUCUUCCUCCCCUCCUCCCGCCACGUGUUCGAGCAGUACAGGAGCUGCGACCGGGCGCACCUGAUCCCCCUCACCACCUUGUUCACCCACAACAGCCGCUUCACAUUCCACUCGCACCUCCACUCCAGAUGGCGGCCCGCCACAUCUCCUCUCCUCUUCUCCUCCAACUCGGCGUCCCCCUCCCGCUCUCCCCCCUCGCCCUCCUCCCACAAACACUCCUUCCUGGCCUACCUGGGACUGAUGGAGAGGGCCAAGACUGUUUGACCUCGCCCACCUCCUCUCCUCCUCCUCCUCCUCCUCACUCUUUCCCUCACUCCUCGGACGGUGGUGUGAAUGACACUUGACCACUGCAGUGGGAGCAACGUCUUUUCCAAUCAGACCAGCAGAAUAAGCUGGACCAGACAAACAUAUUGAAGAAAAGAAGAAAAAAAAACAUUUAUAAGAGAAAAAGGCUGUACAUGCUAAAAAUGCAUUUAUAUCAAAAAGCUGCUUUUCUUAUCAGUUCUAUCAAUUGAAUUAUUACUACUUCAACUACUACUCUCUAUUACCUUUUUUUCUGUUUUUAAAUGUCUGAAUGACUUGGACCCAGUUGCAUUAUCUGAGGAAACUAACGUAUCUCAGUUUUAUAGAUAUUUUUCUUUAGUCGUUUGACGAGAUAAAAAGAUGAAACAAAACUUGCAAGUGCUAUAUUUUAGUGCAUUUUUGUCUCUUGCUAUUAUGCAUCGAAAUAGCAUGCCUGUGUUUCAACUAGCUUUGACGUCAUUAGGAAGCUAAAUUCGAGAUAUCCUGAAGUGUUAGCGGUGCAACGUGGACAGAACCAAUGAAACGGAAUGCUUUUCAUUGUAAAAGGCACGUUUCCAAAGCAACGCCUCAAACCACGCACUUACUUAUUUAUCAGUCUUGUACAUAGUUUUGUAGCCCUUCCCCUUCCCAUCUUUUUGAUUUCUGUUGUUUUUUUGUAUAAUGGUGAAACCAUAUUAUGCAUCGCUGCUGCCUGAUAUCACCCCCGUCUCGGAGUCAUUUCAGUGGGUUACUAGCUAAUUUUAAUAGUUCUCACAAAACAGAAGAUAAGCUGUGAUGAUGUAAAUAAGACAAAUCUGACCUAUCCUGACAAGAAAUAUAGAUUUAUUGCUAAUAAUUUGAAAGUAAAAUGUUGACUAUGAAUUUGCACUCGCAGGUGAAUAAGCAGUGAAAUAACGACACGACAAACAGAAACAUGAAUUCAUUACGUCUGAGACCAGGUGGAUAUCAGCGCAGCUCCACAUGCAGAACUAUGUAUGACGCACCUAUACUUAGAAGAGAUAUAUGAGAUAACUGUUUUGUGGAGGUGACCAGCUCUGGGUUAGCGAGCUACCCACAGCCAGGGUCACCACAGGCCGAUUCAAUGGUGCUUUUUGGAGCUUUUUGUAAUUUUUUGUGUACAAAAAAAAUAAGAAAAAAACUGUUCCAAAAUGACUUGAAUGAAUGUAUUUUUGUUUAUGUACAUGAAAAAGAAGCGAUACAGAAGUGUGAACAGGGACGUCUUCUGUGCUGGAUAAAGACGGGAAAGUUAGUGUGUUUGGUGGCCUUCUGUGUCUUUCGUUUGUUUUUGUUUUUAUUUUUUUUGUCUUUCAAUUUUUUUUAUUAUUAUUACUUUUUUUUACUGAGCCUUUUACAUCAUAAUAAAACAUUUUCUACUAACAUUCAUAGAGGAACCCAUCGUGAGAAAAAAGCUCCUGUAGGUGCAAUGAUGAAGCAAAGCCAUUCACUUGUACAGCGUUGCGUUCAAUGGCACUGGCUUCUGUUAGGCCGGCAGACAUGGUACUGCGUUUUGCCCCAACCCCCUUUGAGUUUCAAUUGCACUUAACGUAGUUAUACUUCAAGCCAAAAGCACUUAAAUCUUUAUUUUCCUUUUUUUUUAAGUGCAAACUUAGGUCCACCAGGUUACCGUAAUGUGAAGUGGACAGUAGUUGCUGGAAAUGACUCAAUCAACACCCCUUAGUUUCACAUGUAGGCAUUUCGAGCGGUGCAAAAGGGUCUGCCUCUGUGAAAUCGGAGAACGUCAGUGAAUACAAAUUGCAUGAAUUAGACAGUAGAGGUCAAGCUCUCCCUGGGAACUAAAGGUCCCAGGCUAAAUUGUGAUAGCCAGUUUUGCACAGCGCUGCACUUUUUGAUUAAGAGAAUAUGUAUUUAUCCGUAAAUUGCUCAAAAAGAAGUAUGUUUGCGAGACAGGGCAGCAUAGUACAAGCAUUUUAUUUUGAAAAGAUGAAAAAAGCUUUACCCAUUACUGAUGGCGCUUGUGUUUGUAAGUGGUCUUCAAGCCAAAAUCCCUUAUUGUUAAGGGAUUGGUUUUUUUUAUUUUUUUAUUUUAAUUUUCCUUAUGUUCUCCUUUUGUUUAUUUCACUCAUGCAUUUUUCUUACAAUGAAUCAUUGUUGCUUUUGUUUAUUUUUCUACUUAAAUCAUGUCAGAAAAAUGUCGAUUGGACAGAGAAAAUGAAUUGUCGAGACCAAAAUGUAAGUCGCCGCAGGAUGUGAUGUUAGGAUUGAAUCCGUCACUACCUGCCUCUGGAGCGAUGCCUCGAUUGUCCCCCUUUACACUGCUGUUUGUUUGUUCCUUUUUGCUCUAUCAAUGUCUGGCAUGCUGUCUCUGGAGUGAAAGGAGCAUCCCUUCAAUACACACACACACACACACACACACACACACACACACACACACUCUCUCUCCUUGUACUAUCUACGUUAUCUUUUAUACUCUAGUGCCACUUGGUGGAAGGAAACCACCUGAGACUUCUGAGAAUGAGUCAAACUAUUUGUCAGGGUCCAAAAGAAAAAAAGAUGAAUAUAAAAAGAAUGUGUCCACUCUUGACACCUUUUUAAAAUGUCUGCCUUUUAUUACAGCGUAAUCAUGAAUGGCUGCACUUCUUUCUGUCCCCCCUAGUUUGAGUGUAAUGUUUAAAAAGGCAACAGGGCUCUAUCCUUUUAAAAACCGAUAUUCUUAAGCACUUAUUCUGUUUUAUUUUAUUUUACUCGUAAGCAGCACAGUGACCUUUUUUUUUAUUUUAAAGCUUAACUACCUUCUCAGCACUUCAGAGUAUGCAUGACAUUGCCCUCAGCACUUAAUUGUGUUUAAAACUAACUCCCCUCGGUUGCAUUUAGUUAGCAUCACACUGCACUGUCUACAAUCAGUUAGCUUUAAGUUUGGCUGUAUUUUAUGAUUAGAAAAAGGCUCAGCUAUCUUUUGGCACUCGGUAAAGAUUGGUAUGUGCUGUACAAAGCUUUUUUUUUAUUACUCCAUUGUUAAGGCUGUACAGGGUUGUGACGAUAACUGGUAAAUAGAUCAUUUGUACUUUUUUGGUUUUGUAUUUGUUUUCUUUGUUUGGCAUUAUUUUAUGUUCAACUUGCCAGGUCUAAAUGUAACAGGAUUUGAAAGUAAAGCUUACAUCAAAUAUUA